AUGGCGACUACCAUCAGUACAAUUCUGGAACUCGUCGGCAACAGCAGCAGCCGCCUCAAAUACUUCGCUCGCAGACACCACCAACGUGACCUCAAGCAAGUCGCUAGUCCCGCACUGGAGCUACAAAAAAGCUCGAUUGCCGCCGCAACGAUCUUCACGACGAUGUCACUGGCUGCAAUCCUUUUUCUGGUGAUAUGGUACGUGCGACGGGCACGUCGGGCCCGUCGACUCCGCGAACAAGAUGCCCGAGGCAAGGAUCCAUUCGGCCAGUCGUCUGUGUCCCUGAACGAAGACGCCAGCAAGGCGCUCGACGACUUCCUCAUGAAAGACGUGCAGCCGGUACGGACCUCGCUGAUGUUUAGUCGGAGCCGGUCGCCCUCGCUCACAUUCGUCGUCGACGAGACGGACCGGCGCAACUCGUUCAGUCAUAUCGGCCGCACCAGCUACGAUGCGUCUUCCAGCAGCAUGGCCAAGAUCGAUACGCUGACCCGCGUCUCUGUAGACGGGACUGCGUCUGGGCAGCUCGGCGCAGCUGAAGACCUCGUCAAGCUCGAACUCGAGCUCAACCCCCGAGCAUCGCUGUUGUCGAACGUAUCCCCGUCGAGCGGGUCGUCCCACGUGUGGACGACUACAUCGGCCUCCUCGGAGAUGACAAACCUUCGCAGUAAUGAGACCGCCGGUCCUUACACCUUGCAGUCUGUACGUCGCAACCCCCAUGCGCGACUCAGCUCUGCUGGUUCCCAGAUGAUGCCGCCGUCCUCGAAUGUCUCGCGUGCGUCGAGUCGUCCGUCCAGUAGUGCCCCGAUGCAGUUUGCGGCUCGCAUGUUCGAUGAGGCCGAGGGUUCCGUCGCUUUGCAGAGAAUACAAAGAAAUUUGAGUGGAUCUGUGGCUCUUUCUCGUCCAACCUCGAGCUCAAAUGACGAUGACCAGUCGCCGCAUCGGCACUCCAUUCCACAGACCCCGGCACCAUUGAUCUGA